GUUUUAGCGUUUUAGCAACGCCGCAGAUUGCAGCAUCCAGUGCAGAUUUGUCCCUCUGUUGCCUUCCCUCAUCCCUCCCACGCGUUUGCGCCGCUUUUGCUCUUGCCCAAAGCCAUGGUUUCUCCCGUACGCAUCGCUACGACUACCGCCACUGCCAUGCUCCUCUGGGCGGUUCCAACCUUCGGGUUCUACGCCCCCCAGGCUCCAUUUGCGUCCGCUCCUCAUGCGCGUUCGCUUCCUCACAGAGGCGCGACUACCUCUCCCACCAUGGCGUACGCUCCUUCAACAGUACAGGACGCGUGGGACAACCACUUCGCCGCUUUUGCUGCACACGAUAUGGAGAGGAUCCUGCUAGACUACGAUGAGGACAGCGUGGUUACAACCUACGACCAGACAGCCGACAAGAAAACAGUUUUCAAAGGGGUCGAGGGAGCCCGUACGCUCUUCGAAGGGCUCUUCGAAGCUUUGUCUGAUCAGAGCGACUUGGCAGCUCCGGUGAUCGAUGUGUCAGAAGAAAGCAACAUGGUGUUCCUUGUCUGGAGAUGCCCCGCCUCUGGCUUCCUCGACGCCACGGACACCUUCACGCACAACGACAAGACCAAGAAGAUUAGCCGCCAAAACGUGGCUUACAAGACCGGCUGAUUUCGUUGCUGGUGGAGUUCCACCAAUGAAAAUGGCGGUGUACAUUGGUCUGCAUUGAGCUGCGCCCUUCCCCAGCAAAUUCAACGCGGAGAGCAUCGUCAUAACUUUGAGUUGGCCGGUGCGGGGGGGGGCUUCAAUGCCCCCGCGGCCCUGCUACAGUUGCCCACGGAGUGUGAGCACGUGUUUUUGAAAAGGAACGCUACCAUGUCGAAACAAAGCUAGAAUGUGUCGAGUUUGAAGUGUAACUUUUAGGUGGUGAAUCAUCGUUGCCGUCGUCUUUAUUGUGCCUGCUGAAAAUCGAUUCAGUUGGUGGCGCAGCUCCAGGGAACGGUGCGCACAUGUUGCGUGACCCCCAUGCUCGCGACAUUCGCGUAGCAUAUGGGCCGGCGAUUCAUCGUAGCUGAAAGAGGCGGUAGAUACUUCUCUUUUUUUUUUUCUUGCUUUGUCCUUCGGGGCUGGUGAUAUGCAAGCUGUCCACACCUACUCUUGCCAUGCAGCCGUCUCUUCUAGGCUUGCUGGUAGAUGCUCGAGGGGGCCAACAUGGUUAAAUUCUGGUUUGUGUAGCGCGUAUUCUUGAGCUACCCCCAGGGGGCUUUUCCCCCUUUUCUGAAGCCUAUUUGCUUCAGUUGUCUGUUGCGGAAAUUAUCAGACCUAUAUUCGGUUUUGACCCAACCAAAAGUGACCCCACUCCCUUUUUUUCACUUGUUUUUAGAGUAGUAAGUAGGCGAUCUCCGGUUUCUUAUCUUAAAGCAAGUUGUUUGUCGGGCGAUGUUUCUCGAGAUCCCAU